GAGCCGAUGCUAUUUAAGGGUCCGCUCCCCGCAGUUUACAGCCAGCCACAGGCAGCCAGCCGCAUCCUCUUCCUUUCCUUGAUACAGGCUCAAAGCUCCACAGAACGAUGCACGGCAUGGGAGUCUUGGGUUCGCUCUGGGUUUUCUUCACUCUCAUCACUCCAGGAGUUCUUGGUCAGUGUAAGUCGCUGCCAAAGUAUCCUUUUGCUAUGCCUUCUAUUGUGAGUGAUAAGUCUGAGUUUGCUGUUGGAACACAUUGGGAAUACAAAUGCCUCCCUGGGUAUAUUAGGAAGUCAUUUAAAAUCACCUGCUUAGGUGAUGAAACCUCCGAGUGGUCAGACGCUCAGCAGUUCUGUAAACGUAAAUCAUGUAGGACUCCUCAAGGACCCCUCCAUGGUUCUGUGCAUAUAACCACGGGUUUCGAGUUUGGGUCAACAAUUACAUAUUCUUGUAAUGAAGGAUACCGACUCAUUGGUGACUCAUCUGCCUCAUGUAUUAUAUCAGACAAUACUGUAAUAUGGGAUAAUGAUGUGCCUAUUUGUGAAUCUAUUCCUUGUGAGUCACCUCCAGCCAUCUCCAAUGGAGACUUCUACAGCAGCAGUAGCGACAGCUUUUUCUAUGGGAUGGUAGUAACUUACUAUUGCCAUAUGGGAAAGAAUAGGGAAAAACUGUUUGACCUGGUGGGUGAGAAGUCGAUAUAUUGUACCAGCAAAGACAAUCAAGUUGGCAUCUGGAACAGUCCACCUCCUCAGUGUAUUGCUAUAGUCAAGUGCCCAUUCCCAAAAAUUGAAAACGGAUACGUGGAGUCUGGAUUUAAACGCUCCUUCUCCUUAAAUGAUACAGUAAUCUUUAAGUGCAAGUCUGGCUUUACCAUGAAAGGCAGCAGUAUAGUGUGGUGCCAGCCAAACAGCAAAUGGAGCCCUCCACUGCCAACAUGCUUCAGGGGAUGUCUACCACCUCAAAAUAUCCUCCAUGGUGAUUAUAACGAAAAGGAUAAGGAAAUCUUUUCUGUUGGCCAGAGUGUGUCCUAUAGUUGUAAACCUGGCUAUACUCUCAUUGGAACUAACCAUGUGGAGUGUACAUCCUCGGGAACCUGGAGCCAUGCAGUUCCGACAUGUGCAGUGAAAUCAUGUGAUGCCCUUCCAAACCAACUUCUCAAUGGCCAUGUGUUUCUUCCCCCUAAUCUCCAGCUUGGGGCGGAGGUUUCCUUUGUUUGUGACCUAGGGUUCCAGUUAAAGGGCAAAUCUUCUAGUCAAUGUGUCCCAGAAGGAGAGACAGUAACCUGGAAUAAUAAGUUUCCUGUCUGUGAACAGAUUUCUUGUGAGCCUCCUCCUGAUGUCAAAAACGCUCGGAAACUCUAUUAUACUCUUCCCAUAAUUCCUGGAACUGUUGUGAGGUACACGUGCUCAUAUGGUCACCGCCUCAUUGGAGAAAAGGCUCUCUUUUGUAUAAGUACAGAUCAAGUGACUGCCACGUGGGAUAAAGCUGCUCCUAUAUGUGAACCUGCGAAUAAAGCCCUUUCGUGCUCAGAGCCCACGGUACCAGGAGGAUCCAUCACUAAAGGAAACAGACUACAAUACAGACACGGUGAUUCUGUGACGUUUUCCUGUGAAGCCAACUUCACCAUGAAAGGAAGCAAAACUGUUUGGUGCCAGGCAAAUAAAAUGUGGGGACCAACAGCACUGCCGGUCUGUAAGAGUAAGUUCCCUCUGGACUGCCCAUCACUUCCAGCGAUUCAUAAUGGACACCACACAGGACAGCAUGUCAACCAGUUUGUUGUGGGGUUGACUGUGACAUACAGUUGUGAACCUGGCUAUUUGCUUACUGGAAAAAAGACAAUUAAGUGCUUAUCUUCAGGAGACUGGGAUGGUGUCAUCCCGACAUGCAAAGAGGCCAAGUGUGAACAUCCAGGAACGUUUCCCAAUGGGCAGGUAAAGGAGCCUCCGAGUCUUCAGGUUGGCACAACUGUGUACUUCUCCUGCAAUGAAGGGUACCAAUUACAAGGACAACCCUCUAGUCAGUGUGUAAUUGUUGAACAGAAAGCCAUCUGGACUAAGAAGCCAGUAUGUAAAGAAAUUCUCUGCCCACCACCUCCACCUGUUCUUAAUGGAAGACACACAGGCAGCGCUUCGGGAAAUGUACCAUAUGGAAGCACAGUUACCUACACAUGUGACCCAAGCCCAGAGAAAGGAGUGAACUUCACUCUUAUCGGAGAGAAGACUAUCAAUUGUACCGCUGAUAGUCAGAAGUCUGGGAUCUGGAGUGGGCCUGCUCCACAUUGUGAGCUUUCAAUCCCUGCAGUUCAGUGUGUACAACCCCAGAUCAACAGAGGACAGAUGUUAUCUAUUUUGAAACAUAGUUAUUCAUAUAACGACACUAUGACAUUUUCCUGUGAUCCUGGCUUCACCAUGAAGGGCAGCAGCAGAACUCGAUGCAGUGCCCAGGGCACAUGGGAGCCACCAGUACCAGUGUGUGAAAAGGGAUGUCAGGCUCCUCCUAAAAUCAUCAAUGGGCAAAAAGAAGAUAGAUACUUCCUCAACUUUGACCCUGGCACAUCCAUAAGAUAUAGCUGUGACCCUGGCUAUUUACUGGUGGGAGAGGACACUAUAUAUUGUACCCCUGAGGGGAAGUGGACACCAAUUGCCCCCCAGUGCAAAGUUGCAGAGUGUAAGCCAGUAGGACCACAUCUCUUUAAGAGGCCUCAAAAUCAGUUUAUUAGGACAGCUGUUAAUUCUUCUUGUGAUGAAGGGUUCCAGUUAAGUGAGAGUGCUUAUCAACUGUGUCAAGGAACAGUUCCUUGGUUUAUAGAGAUUCGUCUUUGUAAAGAAAUCACCUGCCCACCACCUCCUCUUAUCCACAAUGGGACCCAUACAGGAAGUUCCUCAGAAGAUGUCCCAUAUGGAACUGUGGUCACAUACAUGUGUUAUCCUGGGCCGGAGGAAGGAGUAAAAUUCAAACUCAUCGGGGAGCAAACCAUCCACUGUACAAGUGACAGCCGAGGAAGAGGCUCCUGGAGUAGCCCUGCUCCUCUCUGUAAACUUUCCAUCCCUGCUGUCCAGUGUGCAGAUGUCCAUGUUGAAAAUGGAAUCAAGAUCACUAAAAAUGAAGCCCCUUAUUUCUACAAUAAUACUGUGACAUUCAAGUGUCAUGAUGGAUACAUUUUGAUUGGAAGCAGUCAGAUCCGCUGUAAAGCCAAUAACACCUGGGAUCCUGAAGAACCACUUUGUAAAAAAGAAGGAUGUGAGCCUAUAAGAGACCUUCCAGAUGAUUCACAUAUAAAACUAGUGACUAGAACCUGUCAAAAUGGGUACCAGUUGACUGGACAUACUUAUGAGAAGUGUCAAAAUGCUGAGAAUGGGACUUGGUUUCAAAAGAUUGCAGUUUGUACAGUUAUUCUCUGUCAACCUCCACCAACAGUUGCAAAUGGUAGUCACACGGGCACAAUAGCAGAGCGCUUCCUGUAUGGAAAUGAAGUUUCUUAUGAAUGUGAUCAAGGGUUCUAUCUUGUGGGACAGAAAAGUUUGCAGUGCAGAAGUGAUUCUAAAGGUCAUGGAUCUUGGAGUGGACCUCCACCACAGUGCUUAAAAUCCUCUCCGCUAACUCAUUGCCCUGACCCACAAGUCAAGCAUGGAUACAAACUCAAUAAAACUCAUUCUGCAUACUCUCAUAAUGACAUGGUAUAUUUUGUCUGCAAUCAAGGCUUCAUCAUGAAAGGCAGUCACUUGGUAAGGUGUCAUACUGAUAACACAUGGCUGCCAGGUCUACCAACUUGUAUCAGAAAGGCCUCUUUAGGGUGCCAGACUCCACCCACAAUCCCCAAUGGGAAUCAUACUGGUGGGACUGCAGCGCGAUUUUCCCCUGGAAUGUCAGUCAUGUACAGUUGUUACCAAGGCUACCUUAUGGCUGGAGAGGCACGUCUUAUCUGUACUCAUGAGGGUGCCUGGAGCCAGCCUGCCCCUUAUUGCAAAGAGGUAAACUGUAGCUUCCCUGAAGAUACAAAUGGAAUCCAGAAGGGAGUUCAACCGGGGAAAACCUAUCGGUUUGGGGCUACUGUGACUCUGGAAUGUGAGGAUGGGUAUACCUUGGAGGGAAGUCCACAGAGCCAGUGCCAGGAUGACAACCAAUGGAACCCUCCUCUGGCUAUCUGCAAAUACCGGUCAACUAUUCCUCUUAUUGGUGGUAUUUCUGCAGGCUCAGCAUUUGUCAUUUUGAUUACUGUCGGCUUCUGUAUGAUAUUAAAACACAGAGAAUGCAAUUAUUAUACAAAGACAAGGCCCAAAGAAAGAGCUCUUCACUUAGAAACGCGAGAAGUAUAUUCUGUUGAUCCAUACAACCCAGCAAGCUGAUCGCGUGACAAAUUGGUAUAUAAUGAAAUUGAAAUGCAGUUACUUUUACAUAGGUCAAGAUUUGCUUUAAUAUCUUCUCAUAGCCUUUUUAAAGCACGGUCUUAAGUAAAUAUUGUCCUAUUUCAGUCUUUACAUCCAUGUACAAUAUUAUUAGCUUAUCUACUUCAUAUUCCAACUGAUGAUCUUAGUUAAAUAAAAAGCAUUUGUCUAUUCAGUAAAUAGGUAACAAAUGUAAUUAAUAAAAUGAUAAAGAAUAAUGUAAAAUUAUUAGAAAUGUAAUGAAGUCAGAUAUGGAGGUACACGCCUAUAAUUCUAGCCCUUAGGAAGUGGAAGAAAGAUCAGGAAUGAAGGCUGACAUUUGAAUUUAGCUACAUAUCGAAUCAGAGGGCAGAGUGGGCUAUAUGAGGCUCUGCCUCCAAACAACAAAACAAGCAAUCAAAAACAAAACCAAAAAUAAUGAGAGAAAAUGAAUAAGAAUAAAUAAUAUUAAAGAGAAAUAAGCACAGAAAAGAGAAUAGAGAGAAGAAAGUGAUUACAUUGAAAGUAUUCACCGUGAAAAUGGCAUUCACACAAAGACUGGAGGAAACUAGAGAGCCAGCCACGUAAACUGCAUGGAAGAGGAUUCAAGGAAUAUACAAACAAUGGCUAGUUCACAGGCUAAGAGGUCUUCCUAAGAGGCAUAGCAAGGUGGUUUGUGUAGCCUAGAGUGAAUUUACUAAAGAGAGAAAACGUGCUCAGAGUGUUAUGUGGAAUCCAGCCAGAUGAUUAGACAGGGUGGGCUAGGUCACUGUAGUAAGUUUUUGAGAUGGGUGGUGCCACCUGAGUUUUAAGCAGAUGACAUCAUCACCUUAACUGCUGUGUUUAGAAGAGGCAAUAGGAAGCUAAGCAUAGGAGAAAGGAAUUAGCAAGGAGGCUGAUACAACAAUCCAGGCAAGAAACAACAGCCUGGCAAGAAGAGGUCAUAUUUUACAUGCAUUUUAAAGACAACAACAAGGGAGAAUAAAUGAUUUAAAGGAUAAAGAAAGAUACCAAUAAUGAUGCUAGGGAAUUGGGACCUCAGCUACUGGAAGGAUAAAGUUGCUAUUAACAUAACACAGAAUGUGCUAAGUACACUGAGAGGAAUCAGUUCUGAUUUGGAGGUGUUCAAUGUGAGACAAUAAAUAAUCAAGUAAAAUUACCAAGAAGAGAGCUGACAAAUUCGCUUUACAAGCACCAUAGAUGAUACUGAACACAAACGCAUACAUACGUAAGAGACUGGAUCAGAUUAUCAUGAGGGUUUAAGAAGCCAUUGAAGAAAAAAAAGUCCAAGUGUUGAGGCUUACAGCUUCUAAUAUGAGGAGCUAUAAAAUGAGGAAGACUAUCAAAAGAUCAGCCUCUGAUGUAGAGCCCCUGGUGUGGUGUGUUGGGUUCAGGUACAGGGAGCUUAGAGAGGAAAAGAACAGUUUUGGAGUUGUUGUUGAUGGCUUAAAAAUGACAAGCAACAAAAAUUGGAUUCAGCAGCACAAAAUUUGUUGAUAAAACUGACAAAAUGGUUUUAAUAGAAAUAAUUUGGAUCAAUCUUACGAGAAAAUGAAAGAGCAGAAAUCAAAGCACUAAGAGGUAUGCUAUCUCUAGGAGUUUUUCAAUAGUGGUCUGAAAAAUCAUAGGAAAAAUAAAGACUUUUGAAUAAUUAAUAUAUGCAACUAUGCCACAGUUUCUAUAAGAUGAUGGAGAUGACCUAGGAGAAAGGGAACAAAAUAAAAGCAAGUGAGUAAAAAGAUCUUGGUGGAGGAGUUUCUCAGACAGGAAUAAAUACUUAGUCA